ACAGUUAAGCGACGAUUUUCAAGAUCUUAGGAAUGAAAUAUGGCAAAGAAACAUUCAAGACACUCAAGGCAUUCAAGGUGAGGAUUUUUCGGCCAAAGAAGUAUAUAUUAGCGUUGUCAAACACCUUUUCCCGCGUGUAAUAUAUCCCACCCAAGAUGAAAUAAAAGAGUCCCUCAAGGACUACUUGAACGAAAAGUUCCCUGAAUUCGUGGCGAACUUAAGUGCUAACGAUUUUGCAAACCGGUUCCAUGGUGUGUGGUGUUCUCAG